AUGGGAGGCGAUGGAGACGCGCUCGACAACAACGCCAUCAUUGUCACCGACGCGUGCUGCUGCAUGUACGACGGCUGCCUCUUCGGGGAUGGGUGCAUCGGGUGCAUGGCGAGCGAGACGAUGUGCUGCCUCGAGAUGGAGUUCUGCUGCAAGCAGGGCGCAGAGUCGCUGUGCUGCGUCUGCUGCGCGAUCCGCUGCGUUUCGCCUACCGUGUGCAUCAAGUCGCAGGGCCAGAUGUGCUGUCUUGCCGGCGCGGCCGCCAUCCCGUGCGACGAGGAGGUGCCUUGCAUGGUCGGCACGUGCGGCAUCAUCUGCUAUCCCACGAUCGCCAUUUGCAAGACGCUGGGCGACAUCACGGGGAAUUCAGGUGGGGAUGCCCCCCCGGCUGAGCAGGUGGGCUAA